AUGACUUCACCCGACUCGUUUAUGUUUGAUUUACCACUUCAUUUACCUAAUCAAGUCACUCCACCCACUUCCACGCAACCACAAGAAACAAAUCCUUCUCAAGAUGAUACCUCAUCGAAACAACCUCAACAAGAAGAGGAACAAGAAAUAAAUGAAGAAGAGAGCGUGGGCAUAUCAGCGAAAUCAAAUGAACCAAUAUGCAUACCAGGAACAAGAAUUACAUUACAAACUGAAGAAGAUAUAGCUAAAUGGAUUGAAGAACGUAAGAAAAACUGGCCGUCUAAGAAGAAUAUUACUCGAAAACAAGAACAACAAGAAGAACAAGCCCAAAAUCAAAAAGAACAAGCAGACAGGCAGAAGACUGAGCCUGAAGGUAAUUCUAGAAAAAGACCAGUUCCUCCGCAAGGGCAGGAAGGAACAGGAGACAAGAAAACAAAGAAUAUAUGUCGAUUUUUCCAACGAUAUGGGAAAUGUAAAUUUGGAAAUCGAUGUAAGAAUGUUCAUGAGAUUGUAAAUGAAGUUAAUCCAAUUGCUACUUCUCAUGAACAUGAUCUGACUCAUUAUAAGAGGAAUAUCAAUGGAAUACCUGUCCUUAUUCCGAAAUUAUACGCUAAUAGAACUAAAAACACGGCAGUUUCUAGUUCUUCCUUAUUUAAACAUCUAGUUGCUCAAGAUCAAUUACUGAAUGAAAAUAAUGAAAUUAUUGACUUUAUAAAAUACUUAGAUGAACAAGGAUUAAUUGACCAUAAUAUAAUGAAAAAAUAA